AUGGCUCAUCACAAUAUCCUACAAUGCGCUGGGGCAUUCAACUUAUGUGGACCUCCUUCGAUUGAUGCUUGGAACAGGAUUACCAAGCCCCUGUUAAGUAUAUUUGACUUAAUGAGUAUCCUACGUGCGUUGGAGCUAUUCCACGUACGUGGACCUCCCUCGAUCGAUGCUUGGAAAAGCGAGUGCUAG